UGCAACACCUCUCACCUCAAAAGUUCUUUGAUAAGAUAAAUUUGUACAAGAUCCCAUUUAAAAGUGGAAUCGUGCACAGCACAGGACGUCGACAUGAUAACAGCGAGUUUGGUCAGGCUUUCGAUUCUCUUGUUAUGUUCUUCAACAACCUCAUCUCUACAAUGUCUUAGCUGCCAGAAUGUACCUGACAAACGAGAUUGUCACAGUCUCAUGUUAUGUGGAGCACACCAGGAAUGCUACACUAACCGUGUUAUUGAUGAUAGUAGAAGAAAUCUCUACAAUUUAGGAUGUGUAGAUCAAUAUGCAUGUAGUCAACUUUCCCAAAAUGGACUGGGAAAGAGGGAAAUACGUUCAACAUAUCCUGAUUUCACAUUCUCGAAUUUUGAUCACAAACGCAGUGUUAUAACUACUUGUUUCCAAUGCUGCAAUAACUCGGACGGAUGUAACUUAAACACCUGUGGAAUAGCUCUUAGUCCAUGUGCAGCAAAUCCCUGCGUUCACGGCGCAUGCUCAGAUGAAAACAAUAAUGAUUUCCGGUGCACAUGUCAAACUGGAUAUAUUGGUCGACUUUGUGACUUUCCAAUAUCACCUUGUGUGAGCAAUCCAUGUGUCCACGGAUUAUGCAUCGAUCAGGGGAACGAAUAUAACUGCACGUGUGACUCGGGCUAUACUGGGACUAAUUGUGACCGAGAUAUAUCACCUUGUGCGAGCAAUCCAUGUGUCCAUGGUUCAUGCACUAAUCAUCGGAACGGAUAUAACUGCACAUGUGACUCUGGAUAUACCGGAACUAAUUGUAACCAAGCCCGUUGUGUUGAUGCGACUCCUGCGGCAACAUGUCGUCUGGCAUCUUCUAUUGUCUGUCAAGACAGGGCACAUGCGAUGAAUACGAAUUGCAAGCAUUACUGUGGAUAUUGUCGAAAUAUCAUUUUUGCACUGUACAAGAAACCAUCAUUAACGCACUACGUGUUGAUGUAUUUGUUGUUUUUUGGCGACGCCGUCUAAAUUCGUUUUCGUUACCUAUGCCACGUGACUUCAGUUUGCAAAUCAAACUACUUGAUAACGCAUUAUAGAUAAUUUAUCAAAAUGGAAGAUUUAUGUAACACUGUCUGAUUGGAUGAGAGUGUCAAUUUCUUUCACUCUGUUGAUUGUGCUACGCUGAGUGAAAUGUAGACAAAGCGUUUAUCCUAAACGACGCUGUUCACAGUUUUAAAGCUAACUUUGGCUCAGUAUAUUUAGCAAGAAUAUUGAUAUAUCUCAAAAUGAUAAGUAAGUUUAAUAAAUAUGAUAAAAACCUGUUCAAAUACCAACAUAUAUCAAAUUAAAGAAAGAGCUGAAUACGGUCUGCGUAUCACAUGAAUAAGGGUGUGAUAAGAGUCUUUUAUGUAGAGAAGUGCUUUUUAAAAGAUUUUCCUUGUUACAAUUGUCGUCUGUAUAUGAAAAUGUUUCUUGCUUUUGUGACUUAUUCAGAUUGCAUAUUAAAAUGAGUACUUGUUUGCUUUGA